AAACUUCCUCGCGGUAAUUGGGUGAAGGAUGUGGAUGGUGUGCGCACGCGGGGGCUGAACGUAAACAUUCGCGUGUUCUCGCGCUCAGAGAGAGGAACUGAGCGAGCGAGGACAGUGAAAGCUCUCCAUUGCAUUGCAUGCAUUUAACAGAGUUGUGUGCAACUGAACGUAUCGAAGAUUAACGUCAGAUGGACUCUGUGAAAAGAAGAAAUAUGAGAAGCAAGGCUCGGUAAGAAAACGCCUUGUGGGUUGCAGGACGAGAGAGAAGUUUACAAAGGAGCGUCUUCUUCCGAUGAGCCUCCACAUCAAGUCAAGAGAGCGCACGAUGAAGUUCGGUGUGGGAUUUGUGUAACCGUCACGUGAAGUUGAUGUGAAGAAGAACAAACAAGACUUUUUGGUUUCACAAUUGGUCUUUAAGACAAUGACAUUAAGAAUGGAAUGCAAUUGUAAAAACAACUUCCAUGCAUAAUGUGGAUUUCUACGCCGAAGGUAUUUCUCUCUCCUUUUGCUUACGAUAAAAGGAGGUUUUGACGGAUAUAUUUUUGCCAUCUUUUGCUGUGCUGCCGGUGGACCAAACCAAAAUACCACGCAUACUUUUCCAGCUUGAAUAAUUCAUGAAAUAGUGCGUGCCUUCGAGGCUUGGAAAAAAAGUUACGACAAUACGGGGAGGGGGAAUAAUAAGUAGAAUUGUUCAAAGUGGUGAGGGGGGAUGGCCACAGCGGCUUCCAAUCCUUACCUGGCCAGCAAUAGCAUUCUCUCAUCAGCCUCGAUCGUGCACUCGGAGUCCGGAGGUGGUGGCAUGCAGCCGGGAAGCGGUGCCGUAACAUCAGUGUCGGGAGGUUACAGGGGAGACCCCGCGGUCAAGAUGGUGCAGAGCGACUUCAUGCAAGGAGCCAUGACGGCCAGUAACGGGGGGCACAUGCUGAGCCAUGCCCAUCAGUGGGUUACCUCGCUGCCACAUGCUGCUGCCGCAGCCGCCGCCGCCGCAGCCGCUGCAGCGGCGGAAGCCGGCUCACCUUGGUCCUCCAGCCCAGUUGGCAUGGCCGGGAGCCCACAGCAACAAGACGUGAAGAACAGUUCAAACAGAGAAGAUUUACACUCGGGCACCGCGUUGCACCACAGAGCCUCGCAUUUAGGGGCUCACCAGUCGCACCAAAGCGCAUGGGGUGGCACCACAGCCUCCCACAUCCCCACCAUCACCGGAGGACAGCAGCAAUCCCAGCAAUCUCUCAUUUACUCCCAGCCGGGCGGUUUCACGGUCAACGGGAUGCUGAACCCUCCCGGGAGUUUAGUCCACCCGGGGCUGAUGCGAGGGGACUCUCCCGAAAUGGAUCACCAUCAUCACCACCACCACCAUCAGCAGCAGCACCCUCACCACCACCACCACCAGCACCACGCGGGAGUGAACAGCCACGACUCGCACUCAGACGAGGACACGCCGACCUCCGACGACCUGGAGCAGUUUGCCAAGCAGUUUAAGCAGCGUCGGAUCAAACUGGGUUUUACUCAAGCCGACGUCGGGUUAGCGCUGGGAACUCUUUACGGAAAUGUUUUCUCGCAGACCACCAUUUGCAGGUUCGAGGCUCUCCAGCUGAGCUUUAAAAACAUGUGCAAACUCAAGCCGUUGCUGAACAAGUGGCUGGAGGAGGCCGACUCGACCACGGGCAGUCCCACCAGCAUCGACAAAAUAGCAGCCCAAGGCAGGAAACGAAAGAAGCGCACCUCCAUCGAGGUGAGCGUGAAGGGAGCCCUGGAGAGCCAUUUCUUGAAAUGCCCCAAACCGUCGGCACAGGAGAUAUCCAGUCUGGCGGACAACCUCCAGCUGGAAAAGGAGGUGGUUCGGGUCUGGUUCUGCAACCGAAGGCAGAAGGAGAAGAGGAUGACGCCGCCCGGGGUCCCUCAGACGCCCGAGGACGUGUACACCCAUGCCGGCAACGUGAGUGCAGACACACCGCCUCCGUCCAUGGACUGCAAACGGGAGUUUUGUGGUAGAUUACUUAAAAGGUGCAAGUUUGAAAGAUGAACCGGACAGCAACCACAACGUGACAACUGCGAGCUCCUAUGGCCAGGAGAUUCUGGUGCACUGACACCGAAAUCAUAACCAGCCCAAAGCCAACAUAGACUUUAUGGAUCGAAAUGACAAAAGAACUCCCAAGGACAUGGAUCAAUGCAGACAAACAUUAAAUAUUAAACAGUGGAAGAAUUUACCCCAGGACACGUAUCAAUUUUACGCACAGGAAUUAUAUUACUCAUUUUAACAGAACGGAAUUGUCUUGUCUACUCUUGGAGCAUUAUGUGCAACAAACUACACCUUUUCUAUUUCAUAGUAUUUUUGUGGACCACACUUCUGUGAAUAGCUUUUACACAGAGAAAACUCUUAAGAAAAAAAAAAUAAGGAAAAAGAAAAAAAAAGAUUGAUUACUCUCAAGCUGCACUUAUUUUCCAAUUUCAGCCGACCCCUUGUAAACACUUUUUGUUGUUGUUUGGCUGAAUAAUCGUGGAUAUUGCCCUCUCUUCACUGCUUUUUCCAGGCAGAUUUUUUUGGUGGGUUUUGAUAACAAGUCUGUGUAAAUUUGGCAAUAUGAAUUCUCUGUGUUGAUUUAAAUGAUUUGCUUUAUAUUUUUCACUAAAAUCAAUUUCAAAUAUUUUCAGGAGCAAUGACAGAUUUGUUGCGCGCUGUGAUGACUUUCAACCUAGUAGCAUCUCUUGUAGGCCUUCCCCCUGCCAUUUUAAAUAUUGAUUAUAUUUUAUACUGUUAGUAUUACACUUGUUAUUAUAUACAGAUAUUGUACACAAACACGUUGACGAAGCUUAAACAAACCGUUGUCAAACCGUUUCCCCCGUGGUUGUUAUUUAAGUUCAGUACUGACUCAGCGAGAAGUGAAUGAGAACAAUAAAUCUGAUAGCUUUCAGAUG